CGCGUCUGAAAAUACGCUCAGUUCCUGCCUGGCAAGGCCUACAUUAAUCCGGUUAUUGCUGUACAAAUUGGGAGAAGUAAACCCUCACAAUGCUGAGCACAGUUAGCCGGCAACUUAAAAGCCACCCAGCACUGGUCCCCCUCUUCAUCUUCAUCGGUGGUGGGACGGUUAUGUCUGGGGCGUAUCUCUUGCGCCUGGCAAUGGGACCCCAUGUCAGUUGGAAUCGUAAUGGCAACCCCGAGCCAUGGAACAAGACGGAACCCACACAUCAGCACAAGUUUUACUCGGUGAACAUGGACUACAGCAAGCUGAAGAAAGAGGGUCCUGACUUCUAAACUCUUCUGCUGGACCAAAGGCUUGAGGAAAGAAAUGACUUAUAUCUAACACUGAUGUCCCUUACACCUGUAACUUGAAACCAGUGGAUGCAAAGAGGCUAAACCGCACAAGUUCCGUCCCCUUUGACCUUUUAACCAUCUCUUUUUUUCCCCCUCAUACCUCAUGGUUGUGCAGCAAUAAAGUUAAGGAGUAUUUUCUCCUGUGUACAGAG